AUGAGGACACCCCUUUACCGCUGCCACAACACCACGUCAGUGGAAAAGGGCCACUCGGCAGUCAUGGGCAGCGUGCUCUUCAGUGCCGGCCUCCUGGGCAACCUGGUGGCGCUCGGGCUGCUGGCGCGCUCGGGGCUCGGGUCGUGCCAGCCGCGCCCGUCGCGCUCGUCGCGCUCGUCGCGCCAGUUGCGCCCGGCGCCCUCGGUCUUCUACGUGUUGGUGUGCGGCCUGACCGUGACCGACCUGCUGGGCAAGUGCCUUGUGAGCCCCAUGGUGCUGACCGCCUACGCGCAAAACCGGAGCCUGUGGGGGCUGCUGCCCGCGCCGGGGGACUCGCUGUGCCAGACCUUCGCCUUCCUCAUGUCCUUCUUCGGGCUCGCCUCGACGCUGCAGCUCCUGGCCAUGGCGCUCGAGUGCUGGCUGUCCCUGGGACGUCCCUUCUUCUACCAGCGCCACAUCACUGUACGCCGCGGUGCGCUCGUGGCGCCCGUCGUGGGCACCUUCUGCCUGGCUUUCUGCUCGCUGCCCUUCGUGGGCUUCGGGAGCUUCGUACAGUACUGCCCUGGCACCUGGUGCUUCAUCCAGAUGGCACACGACGACCGCUCCCCAGCGGUACUGGGCUACUCCAUGCUCUACUGCAGCCUCAUGGCGCUGCUGGUGCUGGCCACCGUGCUGUGCAACCUGGGCGCCAUGCACAACCUCUACACGAUGCACCGACGCCUGCGCCGCCAGCCGCGCUGCAGCUCCAGGGAGAGGGCUGAGCCGGGCGACGGCGGCCGCGGGGCCGCUCGGUCUCCACACCCCUUGGAGGAGCUCGAUCACCUCUUGCUGCUGGCUCUCAUGACCGUGCUCUUCACCAUGUGCUCGCUACCCUUGAUUUACCGUGCUUACGCCGGCGUCUUUAACGCUCCGGACAGGAGCUCCCACGACGCCGAUGACCUCCAGGCCCUGCGUUUUCUCUCGGUGAUCUCCAUCGUGGACCCGUGGAUUUUCAUCAUUUUCAGAACUUCGGGGUUUCGGAUGUUCUUUCGUAAGAUCUUCAUCAGACCUCUGCAGUAUAGAAAUUGGCACAGCAAUUCGUGCCAAGCCCACACAGAGUCUAGCCUGUAACCUGACACUCUCUGGUGCCAGCUGGAGAGGAAGAUAAUAAAAAGGAAAGCAGAAUCAAGGACGCAAACAACUCUCAAAGCUCUAAUAUCAGCGCCAUGAAAUUUUAAUCUAAUGACGUUCCCUGAAAUCUCAAAAUAAGCCACAGAGCCCCUGAACGGCUUUUUCGUUCAUUUAAUGUUGGUAUCCUGUUAAGGCUGAGCUCCACAGAGCCCUGUGACGACGGAAGGGAAGAACUGUGUAGCUCGGAUGUGACCAGGAUCCACCGCGGGGCUGAAACAUCUCUUCCGCUUUGGCCAUCUGCAAAGGGGAUAUGGGGCUAACCUUAGAUAGUGACUUUACACUGGGCUCAGCUGCCUUUGAGCUCUGAACCUACUUGAAACAUUCUUUUCUGUUUCCUGGAUUUAAAUUCCCAAAACCCUAUUUAAGGUGCAUAAUAUCUUUCUGGUGAUCCAGUUUUGUCCCCAAAACAGUUGGAAUCAUGGUUGACACAAAGAACCACAGCUUCCUUGGAAGCAGGAAGGGUCUUCAAAAAGUUUGUGGGAAAUGUAUAUCAUGAAAAAUGCAUGAGUUUCAAAAACUGUAUCCACGGCAACGUUUCCUUUAAUUGCUCUUCCCAUGAACUUGUUGGAGUAACCUUGUGUUUAUUGUUCCUUCCAUCUUUGUAGACUCAGCCAAUGGCUGGGUUGUGGGAACCUGAUAACUCUUGGUCUGGGACUUGGCCUGAGCACUGUCUGUCUUAGGUAGCACAGCAUUCCCUGGAAGCUCUCUGAAGAGCAUGUAGGGCUGUUUCUCAUGGAAAUCCAGAGGUGCGAAUGACUCACAAAACUCUUCUGGUUGGAGAUACUUUGCUCGGGAAUCUCGCUUCCUUCUUCAGAUACAGCCUAAUGGCGGAA